CUGGCAGGCCAGCGGGGACCCGGCAGACCCGAGCCGCAUCCCCAGCACUGCCCAUGGCCUCCCCGCGCCUGGGGACCUUCUGCUGCCCCACGCGGGACGCCGCCACGGAGCUCGUGCUGAGCUUCCAGCCGCGGGCCUUCCACGCGCUGUGCCUGGGCAGCGGCGCGCUCCGCCUGGCACUCGGCCUCCUGCAGCUGCUGCCCAGGCGCCGGCCCGCGGGCCCCGGGGUCCCCUCGGCAUCCCCGCCGGGUUCCUCCCGCGCCCCGGCCUCCGCCUGCAUCCUGCGCGCCGCCGCCGCCUGCGACCUGCUGGGCUGCCUGGGUAUCAUAGUCCGGUCUUCGGUGUGGUUAGGAUUCCCGAGUUUCGUGGACCACAUCUCUGACGUGAAUGGCACAGACGUGUGGCCAGCUGCCUUCUGCGUGGGGACUGCAACGUGGAUCCAGCUGCUCUACAGCGCCUGCUUCUGGUGGCUGUUUUGCUAUGCAGUCGACGCCUACCUGGUGAUCCGGAGAUCGGCGGGACUGAGCACCAUCCUGCUGUACCACAUGAUGGCCUGGGGCUUGGCUGCGCUGCUCUGCGUGGAGGGAGCGUUCAUGCUCUACUACCCUUCCAUGGCCAGGUGUGACAGGGGUCUGGAGCACACCAUCCCCCACUAUGUCACCACCUACUUCCCACUGCUGCUUGUCCUCGUGGCCAACCCCAUCCUGUUUCGCAAGACGGUGACUGCAGUGGCCUCUUUACUAAAAGGAAGACAAGGAGUUUACACAGAGAACGAGAGGCGGAUGGGAGCUGUGAUCAAGACCCGAUUUUUCAAAAUAAUGCUGGUUUUCAUUAUUUGUUGGCUGUCAAACAUCAUCAAUGAAAGCCUUUUAUUCUAUCUUGAAAUGCAGCCAGAUAUCAGUGGAGCCUCUUUGAAACAGGUCCGAAUUGCAGCCAAGACCACGUGGUUCAUUAUGGGGAUCCUGAACCCAGCCCAAGGGUUCCUCUUGUCUCUGGCCUUCUAUGGCUGGACAGGCUGCAGCGUGGAUUUCCAGUCUCCCCGGAAAGAGAUCCAGUGGGACUCCAUGACGACCUCGGCCGCCGAGCGGGCCCAGCCGUCCCCGGGGGGCUCCCGCGAGCCCCGGGAAAGCCCUGCCCGCGGGAAGGUGCGGACAGGCGGGCACACGUCCGACGAGGCCUUGAGCUUGCUGUCCGAAGGGUCCGACGCCAGCACAAUUGAAAUCCACAUCACAGGGGUGUCCCGCAACGGAAAUGACGUCGGGUCGGUUCCGAAAGCCCAGGGAGACCUGUGAGAGGACGAGCCGAGGGCCAGCCCCCGCAUUCCUCACCCUUUGGGUUCCCGCCUUAGGUCACCGCAGUGCCGGGGCGUCGCACCCCUCCAGUCUUCCUCUCAUCACCUUUAGAGCUAUUCCCCGGGAUCUUCUUGUGAUGCGAGAGAGAUCCGUAAGCUCGGGGAUGGAAGGAGGAUUCCUUCGAGACCGAACACUCGGCAGCUUCUGCGGACGCUCCGUUGACAUCGCUUUUUAAGAUGUGGCUGUGAUGUCAAUAUCAGACCCAGUAAUAAACGUUAAUAAAGUGCGCCAGACCGCCCAGCCUAACCUGGGUUCUGGCCGAACAACACCUCUA